CGGUCCUCCCCCAAAACCAAACCAAACCAAACCCAGUCUCUAGGCGAGACAAGUCCUUCCUACCUUCCUUCCCAAGAACAAGAACAAGAACCCUCCAAUCCCACACCAGCUGCCGCUCGAAUCCGCCCUCCCCUUCCAUUUCUCCAACGAACCCCUACAGUUCCCCCCCCGUCUUCGCACUUCCGGAUCGGAGAAGAGGCUGCCCCGGUGCUGCUAAUUGGCGCCGAAUCUCGGCGGCGUCCGCUCAGAUUUGGAUUUUUAGGGUUUUUGGAGGUGGCCGCGGUGGCGGGCUUGGUGCGCGGGCGGGCGGAAAUGUCGGCGGCCGUGGCGUGCGCGGAGAGGGCGACGAGCGACAUGCUGAUCGGGCCCGACUGGGCCGUCAACAUCGAGCUCUGCGACAUCAUCAACAUGGAUCCCGGACAAGCAAAGGAUACACUCAAGCUCCUAAAGAAGCGCCUUGGGAACAAGAAUUCAAAAGUGCAAAUUCUGGCACUUUAUGUGCUAGAGACUCUAAGCAAAAAUUGUGGGGAUGUUGUUUACCAACAGAUCAUUGAGCGUGACAUAUUAAGUGAAAUGGUUAAGAUAGUGAAGAAAAAGCCAGACUUAAAUGUACGGGAGAAAAUAUUAAGCUUGAUUGACACAUGGCAAGUGGCUUUUGGAGGUCCAUCUGGGAGAUAUCCCCAGUAUCACACAGCAUAUCAAGAACUCAGGACAGCUGGUGUUGAUUUUCCACCUCGCGAGGAGAAUACAGUUCCAUUGUUCACACCUCCUCAAACCCAACCAUUGAGGCAGCCGCACCUAUUUCCUCCAGGACAAAGCUAUGAAGAUGUAGCUAUACAAGCUUCUCUUCAAUCUAGUGCCCCUGCUGCAGCUGCCUUGAGUCUAAGUGAGAUUCAGAGUGCUCGAGGAAUUGUGGAUGUGCUGGAUGAGAUGUUAAAUGCACUUGACCACCGACACCCUGAGGGAGUGAGGGAGGAGGUCAUCGUUGACCUUGUGGGGCAGUGCCGAUCUUACCAUGCUCGUGUGAUGGAUCUUGUUAGUGAUACUGGUGACGAGAGCCUUCUAUUUCAGGCUCUAGGACUAAAUGACGAGUUGCAGCGUGUUCUUCAGCGUCAUGAUGACAUAGCAAAGGGACUGCCUCCCAAUAUACCAGUGCCUGUUGCUGGUAACGUAAACCAAGGGGCACCCCCUCCUCGGCCUGCCGGGGCUUCAUUUUCCCCACUUCUUAAUGUACAUCAUGAGGAUGAUGAACCAGAAGAUGAUUUCUCUGUGCUUUCUCGCAGGUCUGCAAGGGAUGGCACAGCAGCACAGGGCAACCUUUCUUCUGUUGCAAGAAAUGAAAGGCCAUACCCAAGCCCACUUCUUCCUCCACCGCCAUCAACAAAGAGACCUGUUUACACAGAGUCAAGCAGUGUUGACUACCUGAGUGGAGAUUCCUACAAGUCUGAAAAAGUACCAGAUGAUUUUGUUAACCCAACUGCCCCAGCCAAUAUAUCUGCGCCAUCUUAUUCAAAAGCAGAAACAAACCGGCAACCAAGUUAUGAUAACAGGUCAGAAAGUGUGUCUGAUGACUUCAUAAACCCAACUGCCGUACACAGCUUCUCUAUGCCUUCUCGUCCUGUGAGUGAGCCAAACAGUUCAUCUGUGAAUCAGCAUGAGAGUUUACCUGACGAUGACUUUAUAAACCCCACUGCACUGCCUGGUUUUUCUUCGUCUUCAACUAGUGAGGAUCUUCCAAAAGCUCCAUGGGAAGCACAAGCUCCAGUUUCACUACCGCCACCUCCUGCAAGGUAUGGUCAAAGACAGCAGUUCUUUGAGCAAAAUCAUGUCUUUCCUGGUGGGAACAAUGGAGGAGGCUACGAUGAACUACUGACGCAGACAGGGAACCUUUCUCUUAAUCAAAGAAACACCGAGCAUGAGAAGAGUGCAUCAGCAUCGACCGCACCCCGUCAGCCCAAACCUGAGGAUUCUCUUUUCAAGGAUCUAGUCGAUUUUGCCAAGAAGAAUCCGUCUUCUCCAACUAAACCAGCGAACAGCCGCAGGACUCGCUGAGUGACGAGUGUUCCAGUGAUGUAACACAGUUAAUUGAGUUAUUGGGCUGUUGGUUUUAUUACAGGUUAGCGGGUUUACAUACACCAUCAAAUAAGAGUGUUCAGACCUUUUUUUUCCAUUAUGUUGGGGAUUAUUUCGGUUUGCGCGUUGGACAGUUAGAACCACAGAUGUCAGUCAGAUACAACGUGAUGAUACUGGGUGUGGUGUGUAGUGAGUUGCCAUUUCACCUUUUCGAUGUAUUGGUUUUCGGUUCUGCUUUCCCUUUUAUUUUUUGCUUAGCUGUAUAUAUUAUUACUCCAUUCAACAGCAAUAUUCAUAGUUCAGUUUGGAGUUUGAUGAUCUAUAUAAAGGCUUAUGUUCGCUCUUC